AUGUUGGAAGCACUCAAACCUCAUCUCUUUCCCAAAUCUGUGGGAUCGUCUUUUUACUCAAAGCUUUGGUGAGUUUUCAAAAAAUAAAUAAAUCAAAGUUUUGGUGAGUUUUCGAAACCCUUCUUCGGCAGCUUAUGAUCGGAGUUUGCUUUUGUAGGAGUGGUUGGUAAGCUUCAUCUUCUUCCUCCUUUAAACCUCUUUAAUGGUGAAUUUGUUUUCAGGAAAUUUUGGGUCUUAUUAGAAAGCUCUUGUUCAUAAGUCGAAGUUGAUCGGAAUUGGUUUUGGUUUAUUAAUUGGUGGCUUGGAACGUGUGAUUUAAUAUAAUGGAUAGUAUAAGUGAAUUGCCUAAUGCACUGCUCUUGAAGAUACUCUCUUUACUACCUACAAAAGAUGUUGUGGCAACAAUGGUUUUGUCCAAAAGAUGGAAACUGCUUUGGAUGAUGGUGCCAAGACUCAUAUAUGAUGAUGAUGAUGAUAGCUCUGAAAGCUUUCCUCGGUUUGUGGAUAGGUCUUUGCUAUUGCAUGAGGCACCGUUUCUAGAAACUUUGCAUUUCAAACUUAGUCAAAACUCAGGAGCUAUUGACAUCAGAGUAUGGACUAGGACUGCACUUAAACGCCAAGUGCGUGAGCUUAUUAUCGAAAUGGACUGUUGUUUUACCAGUGCAGCUCCAGUUUUACUUCCAAGGAGGAUAUACACAGAGUGUAACAUGCUUGUGAAGUUGAAACUUAAGAAUGUGGCUCUCGAGAAUGUUUCUUAUCCGAUCUCUUUCCCAUCUCUCAAGGAACUGAGUCUUUUAUCAGUGAAGUAUUCAGGUUGUAGUGAAUUGGUUCAUAGGUUGUUAUCUAAUUGUCCUGUUCUUGAAGACUUGGUUGUGGAACAAUGUCCAGAUGACAAUGUGACCAUUUUCACAGUAAAAGUCCCUUCUCUGAAGAGUUUAGUCUUUCAUAAAUCACAUUUCAAAGAUGUAGAGAUCGCAAGUGGGUUUGUGAUAGACACGCCUUCUUUGGAGUUCUUGGACCUUCUUGAUUAUGAAGACGGGUUCUGCCUUAUUGAUAACGAAAUGCCCGAUAUUGUAGAGGCAGUUGUUAACCUCGGUUAUAGUCAUCUUGAAAAUGUUCUAAGUUCUUUUACUUCUGCCAAGUACCUCAGUUUAUGUUUGUCAUCAUCAAAGGAUGCAUAUCUUGUUGGUAAUGUCUUCGACCAUCUUGUGAAACUAAAGAUAUGUACAUGUGAAACAGAGUGGUUGAAUCUUCUUAUGUGUAUACUCAGAGAUUCUCCUAAACUACAAUCUCUCAAACUUGAACAGGUAUACAUAUAUAUAUAUACACAAACUUGCGUGUUAUCGACUCUUGUAUCGCUUGAUUGGGUAAAAUAUGGAGGAACAAAAGAAGAGGAAGAGCUGAUAGCAUUCAUGUUCAGAAGUGGAAGCUGUUUAAAGAGAGUAACUAUUAAUUCUAAAUCCACAAUUCCUAAAAGAAAGAAACUUAAGAUGCUCAAGGAGUUGCCAUUGUUAUUCAUGUGUUCACCUUCUUGUCAGCUUGUAUUAAACUGAAGCUAACUAUUUAGACAUGGUCACAAGUUUUAUUUUGA